CAGUUUCUGUAAUAGAAAAGAUUCCCACCAAAGGGGGAUCGUUACCCUAGCUUCUGUUUUGCAACGUCUUUGUUAAUUAUGCCUCAAAUUCAGAAGCUUUAUAAUGCAUGUAAAGCGUCUCUAUCUCCCAAUGGACCUGCCUCAGAAGAUGCUUCUGAGAAAAUACGUUCUCUGUUAGAUAAAAUCAAGCCUUCAGAUGUUGGGCUGGAGCAGGAAGCACAGUUGGUACGUAACUGGACAGGUCCUAUUAAUGAUCGCAACGGGGCCGAUCGAUCUUUGCCACCAAUUAAGUAUAUUCAUAUUCACGAGUCAGACAGCUUUUCUAUGGGGAUAUUCUGCAUGCCAUCUUCCUCUAUCAUUCCUCUCCAUAAUCAUCCUGGAAUGACCGUUUUUAGCAAGCUCCUUUAUGGAUCAAUGCAUGUAAAAUCAUAUGAUUGGCUUGGUGAACCCUCAUCGUCUGAUACAUCUCAAGCAAGACCUGCGAAACUUGUGAAGGAUACCGUGAUGACCGCUCCUUGUGGGACCACAAUACUCUACCCAACUACUGGUGGCAACAUCCAUUGUUUUCAUGCCAUAACUCCUGUUGCCAUCUUUGACAUCUUGUCACCACCUUAUUCUUCCGAUGAUGGUCGGCACUGCUCGUAUUUCCGGCGUCCAACCGGGGUAGAUCUACCUGGUACAAUUGAAGUAAAUGGUGAAAUAUGCUCAGAAGUUGCUUGGUUAGAAGAAUUUCAACCCCCUGAUGAUUUCGUAAUUCGGAGGGGUAAGUACAAAGGUCGUGUUAUCAAGACUUAAAACUUUUCAUAUGAAAGAUUUAAACAUUUAAAUUGGGCAGCAUCUGAGGUGAGAUUAGCUAUGUUUAUAUAGAUGCUGAAGGACAAUAAUGUAUUUUCUUGGUUAUUCAGACUUCCCCUGCAUAUACAAACAUGAUAAUAGUGUCCAGUUAUUUACAAUCGGUUCUCAUUA